GCUGUCUGACACUGUCAAAUUAGUGUCUCAUGUUAUUGGGUUUUCAGCGGUGUGUUUUGGUAGAAAUGUACCAAUAAAAGUAUUAUAAGUCUAUUGCGAAUACACAGUAAUAAACUUUACGUAGCUUCCUUGAGCUGUGAUACAAAUAUUUAUUUGAAGAAACAUCGUCAAUCAUGAAACUAUUUACAAGACAAAAUCGCAUCUUGACGACGAUUUUAUCGAAAUAUAAUUUUAGCACAGCACCAAAAUCGGUCUCUAGUAUUCAAAUAAAAGGCCAGAACUUUAUAUGCGAUGAUUACACGAACGUGACUCCUAAAAUGAUAUCAUAUUUAGGUCGAAAUCUACAUUUACAGAAGAAUAACCCUUUAUCCAUUGUCAGGCAAAGAAUAGUGAAUUAUUUUUACUCUUCGUUCACUAAGAGAGGUCACCCUGCAUUUAGCGUGUAUGAUAACUUGUCACCUAUAGUUACCACAAAGCAGAACUUUGAUGAUUUGUUGAUUCCGACCGAUCACCCAAGUAGGGCCAAGUCUGACUGUUACUACAUAAAUAGAGGGACUCUGCUCAGGGCCCAUAUGACCGCACACCAGAGUGAGCUGCUAAGGUCUGGCCUAGACAAUUUUUUGAUGAUCGGAGAUGUGUAUAGGAGGGAUGAAAUAGAUUCUACACAUUUUCCAGUAUUUCAUCAAGUAGAUGCUGUAAGAUCGCAACGAAAAGAAGAACUGUUCAUUGGAAAGCCAGACCUAGAAAUAUUUGAGCCAUCAUAUGACCAAGAAAAUGCACAUGCCUACGUAAACUCCAUAGAUGAUCCGAUGAAACAGAGCUGCCAUACUUUAGAAGCUGCGAAACUAAUGGAGGGACAAUUGAAAAGCCAUCUGAUUGGGCUCACAAAGGUUUUAUUUGGAGAUGAUAUAAAGUGCAGAUGGGUUGAUGCAUAUUUCCCAUUCACUCACCCUUCUUGGGAACUUGAAAUAUACUACGAAAAUAACUGGCUUGAAGUUCUAGGCUGUGGUAUAGUAAGAAACGAAAUACUUGUGAACGCAGGACCGAGUAGAAACACUAUUGCGUAUGCUUUCGGUUUGGGAUUGGAGCGACUUGCCAUGGCCUUAUACAAGAUACCGGAUAUCAGGCUAAUGUGGAGUACAGAUUCAGGAUUUGUAACACAGUUUGAGAAUGUGGAUUUGAAUGAGGACAUAACUUACAAGCCGGUGUCUUCGUACCCGCAGUGUACAAAUGAUAUGUCAUUUUGGCUACCAAGCCACUUGACUAUAGACACUUUUAUGAGCAAUGACUUCUAUGACUUAGUUCGGGAUGUUGGUGGUGAUAUUAUAGAACAGGUAAAACUGAAAGAUAAGUUCGUUCACCCCAAGUCCAAGAAGCACAGUUUAUGUUACAGCAUAGUGUACAGGCAUUUGGAGCGGACCCUCACUCAGGCCGAGGUCAACCAGGUUCACAAGGAGAUCGAGAAGGCAGUAGUGGACGCGUACAAUGUUGUCAUCAGAUAAUUAUAUUGGUUAUUAUAGUUUGUUGAGUUUUA